AUAUUCGACCCAUCAAAAAAUCUAAUACUCUAGUUUACUAAACAUACAUCACUAGUACUAGUACCACUACCAUCCAUCUAUCAUUUCUCUCAUUUCUAAACUAUGGCUACUGCAGUCAGUGCUGCAGUCUCUCUACCAUCUUCCAGCUCAACUUCGCUUUCCACCAGAACGUCUUUCAUUUCUACUGACAGACUUAGCUUCGCCAAGGUUCCUUUGACAUUUAGAAAUGUAUCCAGUGGGGGGAAACUGGUAUCUAUUAGAGCUCAGGUGACAACAGAGGCUCCAGCUAAAGUUGAGAAGGUUUCGAAGAAAGUGGAUAAAGAUAUAGUUACUAAUAAAUACAGGCCUAAGGAACCUUAUGUCGGUAAAUGCCUUCUCAACACUAAGAUCACCGGGGAUGAUGCUCCUGGUGAGACUUGGCAUAUGGUCUUCAGCACUGAAGGUGAGAUACCCUACAAGGAAGGGCAGUCCAUUGGAAUUAUCGCGGAUGGCGAAGACAAGAAUGGGAAACCUCACAAGCUUAGGUUGUACUCUAUUGCUAGCAGUGCCAUUGGAGACUUUGGGGACUCCAAAACUGUCUCAUUGUGUGUAAAAAGGCUUGUUUAUACCAAUGAUCAAGGCGAAGAAGUUAAAGGAGUAUGUUCAAAUUACUUGUGUGACUUAAAGCCAGGGGCUGAUGUUAGUAUAACUGGACCUGUAGGAAAAGAAAUGCUUAUGCCCAAGGAUCCCAAUGCAACCGUUAUUAUGCUUGGUACUGGAACUGGAAUUGCACCUUUCCGAUCCUUCUUGUGGAAAAUGUUCUUUGAGAAGCAUGAAGACUAUGAGUUCAAUGGUUUGGCAUGGCUCUUUUUGGGGGUGCCUACAAGUAGCUCGUUGCUGUACAAGGAGGAAUUCGAGUUAAUGAAAGAGAAGAAACCAGAAAAUUUUAGACUCGACUUUGCAGUGAGUAGAGAACAAACAAAUGCAAAAGGAGAAAAGAUGUACAUCCAGACUCGCAUGGCAGAAUACGCAGAAGAGCUCUGGGAAUUACUUAAGAAAGACAACACCUUCAUCUAUAUGUGUGGUUUGAAAGGAAUGGAAAAAGGAAUUGAUGACAUCAUGGUGUCAUUAGCUGCUAAAGAAGGUAUCGAGUGGAUUGAAUACAAAAGGUCACUGAAGAAGGCAGGACAAUGGAACGUUGAAGUGUACUAAUUUCGGGUUUCUUGUACAAAUGUAUGCCUAUUCUUGAAACUUCACGCUCAAUCCAUAUUUCACUUUUCUCUGCAUUCUGUAGAUAGUUAAUCAACUUCCUUGUGACCCUUCUUUCUUGUAUUACAUUUCAGUUCUUCA